AUGAGCUUUGAGAAGCUGGGAUUGCAGGGUAGCAUGUUAUUUAAGUAUGUCCUUGGAUCCAUUUUUGUAAGAUGUAAUAGUAAUUUUAGACUCACAGAUUCACUGGUCAAAUAUAAAAUAGAAGUAUUUCAUCAAAUCGAUGAUGGUUGGCAACAGAUUGAGAGUAAACCAAAAGAUGCCGAUUCUGUUGUACAAGAAGGAGCACAGUUUGCGACACGGUUGACUGGUAUUAAAGAAAACACUAAGUUUCAAAAGAAUGGUGGGGGGAAUGGCUUGGAGCAUGUUGUAGAUCAAACAAAGCAACUACACAAUAUGAAGUAUGUAUAUGUUUGGCAUGCUCUAGCUGGUUAUUGGGGUGGAGUGAAGCCAACAGCAAUUGGAAUGGAGCACUUCAACACUGUUGUAGCAUACCCCAUACACUCCCCGGGCGUUCUAGGAAAUCAACCAGACGCCGUCAUGGACAGCUUGACUGUCCAUGGGUUAGGUCUGGUUCAUCCGAAAAAGGUCUUUGAUUUCUACAAUGAGCUCCAUGCUUACUUAGCUUCGUGCGGAGUAGAUGGAGUGAAAGUUGAUGUGCAAAACAUUAUCGAGACCCUUGGUUCAGGACAUGGCGGAAGAGUCUCAAUCACACGUAGCUAUCAUCAAGCUCUCGAGGCUUCUAUUGCUCGAAAUUUUUGCGACAACGGAUGCAUUUCUUGCAUGUGUCACAAUACUGAUGGCCUCUAUAGUGCCAAGCAGACUGCUGUUGUGAGAGCCUCUGAUGACUUUUACCCACAUGAUCCUGCUUCUCAUACCAUUCAUGUUUCAUCGGUUACGUAUAACUCAAUUUUCCUUGGAGAGUUCAUGCAACCUGACUGGGACAUGUUUCAUAGUUUACACCCGGCAGCCGAGUAUCAUGCUGCAGCUCGUGCGAUCAGUGGAGGCCCAAUUUAUGUCAGUGAUAAACCAGGAAGGCAUAAUUUUGAUCUUCUAAAGAAAUUGGUUCUUCCUGAUGGCUCGGUUCUCCGUGCUCAGUUACCCGCCCGACCCACUGUUGACUCUCUCUUUGUUGAUCCAGCAAGAGAUGGGAAAAGCUUGCUCAAGAUAUGGAAUUUGAACAAAUGUUGUGGAGUUGUUGGUGUAUUUAAUUGUCAAGGUGCCGGGUGGUGCAAGAUAGAGAAGAAAAACCGUAUUCAUUGCGAAACCCCUGAGACACUUACUGGCUCUGUCUGUACCUCUGAUGUUGAUCUUAUUGCUCAAGUAGCUGGUGCUGAUUGGAAUGGAGAUGCUGUUGUCUUUUCUUAUAGAUCAGGCAACAUAGCUCUUUUACCAAAGGGUGCUUCAAUGCCAGUGACAUUAAAAGUUCUAGAAUACGAGCUUUUCCAUUUCUAUCCAAUCAAGGAAAUCGCGCAAGGUAUUUGGUUUGCACCAAUAGGGCUAUUGGAUAUGUUCAACACUGGAGGAGCUGUGGAACAGUUUGAAAUCCAUCAAAAAGGAGUAGCUGCAUCAGUUAGCCUAAAAGUGAGAGGAAGUGGAAGAUUUGGGGUUUACUGUUCCCAGAGGCCAGUGAAGUGUGUGGUGGGUGAUAAUGAAAAUGAGUUCAAGUAUGAGUCAGAGACUGGGUUGACAACUUUCUAA